UCAAACUUAUUUCGGUCUUUUCUACCGAGUAUCAUUUUCGGCGAUCUUUCGCUGAAGAACAAAUCAGUCACGUGGCACAAUUUCCUUCCUCCGUAUGUGGAGUUUUCUGGGAUGAAAUCUAACAGUUAUUUUCGUGUCAUAUGUUGGUAUUUGCGGGACGCUCCCUGACGAAAAACCAAGAGGUCAUGUCAUAACAGUGGUUCAAAUUGGGAAAUUGAUACUGAUUGUCCGUGUACGAGAAUUUUUAGCAAACGGAACUUUUACUAGACAGGUCAUUGACGUGUGAGAAUAAAUAAUAGGCUUGACUGGUAAAUGCGUGGAACGUGCUCUCAUGGAAUCAUAAACCAAUCAACGUGCUUCCUUUUUGGCGCGUAGCAAAACACACUAUUGAAUUACUCAUUCACUAGUAUGCUAGCGUGGGAGUUAGGUAUUGUAUUGUUUAUAGUAUUUAUUAAGGUUUUAGAAUCGGGUCUGUUCGUGUGGCUUUAGUCAAGUUAGCUUUUUGGAACAGUUAACCGUACAUACUGAGAUGUCGACAGGUUUUGCGUUAUAUCCAAAUCGUGAUUUUACCCCGAACGCUGUAGACAGUUGCGAAGUGAGGUUUGAGUCUCCGCGAUUGUCCUACUCUCAAACAAGUUUACUAACCAAUCCCCGCCGAGAGAUCGACGAAGAAAAAUCUCAUCAUUAUGAAGAUCCUACGGUUAUCAACGAACAAGUUCGUGUUUUACAAGGAGGAGGGAAUACAGGACAUCGAAAACGUUAUAACGAUAUGUACGAGCCGCAUAUACCACUGAAGAAUUUACGGGUCAGAUCGAGAGAUGAUUCAAGUUGUUCAGAACUGUCGGACACACCUUCAAAAGAAUCUUGUUUAAACCGUUGUAUUUUGUUUUUUGUUCUUCUUACUUCGGUGACGGCGUUAAUAUUGGUGGUACUUUUAAUGUUUGGCAAAGUUGGCCUUAUCGUCGAGCGAAAUUGCGCGUGUAACCCGGAAAAAGGAGACUUAAAAGAAGUGCCAAGUGGGCAGGAAGUGAAAGGUGGUGCACCCUCAAGCAGAAGUGAAGUGGGCCUGUCAGUUUCGCCACCUGAUAUCUCAUCACUGGAGGACAAGAUCGACCAACUUAAAGCCAAUAUCUCGAUGAUAAAAAAAUUUAUGAUAACUCUUCAGCACGAUCUUCACAAUACAAGAGGCAAUUUAAAUGAAACCAGAGAUAAAGUCAGUGAGACAAAAGAUGGACUUUUGCAGAUAAAAAGUGGAAUGCAAGACUCUAUAGAUAAGAUCAGUAACAUCAGUCAACAGCUUGAUAAAUCUGUUAGUGUUGUCAAUGAAAGUUUCCACCAUGAGCUGGUAUCUCUGGAGACGACUUUCAUCACAAAGUUAAACAACACAGUUCAAAGCCUGUCUGAUGCUGAUAGCUCCUUAAAAAGUUCUCUGGAUGUUAUUAAUAGCUCCUUAACCUCACACAUUCAAAGCAUCAGCAAGUUACAAGGACCGAUAGGCUCCCCCGGAUUCAAUGGGUCCAAAGGUGUUCCAGGUGCUCCAGGUAACGAAGGGCCCAAGGGAAAUGCAGGUGCGCAAGGACCCCCGGGUCAGCAAGGUGACGCAGGGGACCCGGGAAGGAAUGGUACUGAUGGUGUUAAUGGCCAAAAGGGAGAUCUGGGACCACAGGGUGAUAAAGGACCACAAGGGCCUGUAGGACCCGCGGGACCUUCCGGACCCCCGGGCCCCAAAGGGCCUCCUGGAGCCGGGAACUUCAGUCAGUGUGCAUAUCGCUCUGAGUACCAAUCAGUUACAGCUAAUAGAUUCACGUCAGUAAAAGUUCCGUUAAUUGAACCGAAUGGUAAGAAGAUUCUGGGUGUCUCGUGUUCCACUAAUCGGGCAGCGGAAUACAAUUUAGACAUAGAGAAACUUACGGACCCCUCCUUCGCAGGGAAAUAUCGUUACCGUUGUACCUGCAAGGGGCUGUCUACGCUGUUCACAGAUUCGACCGGUUCGGUGAAAUGCAUCCUGCACUACUGGGAGUGCCCAUUGACAACAUAAAUGAUAUCACAUAACCCUUAGAUUCACUGGUAUUAGCUAUAGAAGUAUAUUUUUGUUAUGUAAAUUUCAAAGUUUUCAAACUUCUCUCAUUGCCAUGGUCAGAUAUCUUUUGCCGUUCUGAACUUUCGAAGAAUACUUCUCAAGGGAGACUAAGCGUGAGCCAUAUCAUCGUCCAGAUAAUAUGGCUUUGACAAACUAAACGACAUCAGUGUUAUGUAUGCGCAUGCGCAUGUAUGCGACUGUCGACGCGACUUUCUUAAUACAGCACACGGCUGGAAGAUCGCUUUAGUAUGAGCCUUCAAUCCUUUAGUUAAAAUUUUAGUGUCUUUCACUUUUAUCACUGCCUAGUGGCUUUUGGUUUAAAUAAACACAAUAGAAGAAUUGAAUGAAGCUUUAUUUCAAAUAAGAUUUACAGCUCAUAAGAAUUUGAAAAUACGAGUUUCGCAAUAUGAUAAAAAGAAAAAGCCUAGGUGAAGGCUUUAUUUUCCCAAAGAAAAAGAAGUUAAUUUCGGUUUUUAUCAUCAGUGAAAAUGGUUAAUCUGAAACGAGGAAUACUGUUUUCUUAUCAGUUUAAAGAGGAAGCUGUUAGGUAAUCGAAAGGAAAUAUAAUGUAGAGUAACGUCGUUUUCAUUUUAAUCAUUCUCUUUUAACACCUUCAGAUCUUGACUUUAUUGUUUUUCGCUUUCUUAGUUUCAAUUUAUUUAUUUGUUGUUGUUUAUUUUAACGCUUUUAACUAAAUUAAACAAUGUGGAACAUAAAGUUUUGCAUACUAACGUACAUCAUGCAAAUCUCCUCAAGCAUUGCGGGUGAGUCAUGACGUAACUUUUAAAGCAAUUGUGUUAUCAAUUGCGUUGUUAUUCAUGUGUUGCUAUUUAUAAAUGUUGAUUUACGGAA